AUGAACACGGCGGAUUCCAAGUCCAAAGAACAGAAGGAGCUCGAGAAGUUGCUUCAACAGAAGCAGCAGCUUCUACAACGUCAAAACUCCGAGUAUCUCAAUGACUUGUUUCUGAUGAACACCACCAAGCCCGUCAAGGUCGGGUCUAUCCAAGUCAACAAUUCAGAUAAUUUUCGAGUUGGGUUUUUGAACGCCCAAUUUUCGCCCUUGGACAAGCAGCAAUUUACUCUCAGGCUGUUUGUGGAGUCCCUCGACCAAGUGACUCGAAAUUUCACCAAAGUUAACGUUCUCGAAAACUUGGUGAUCCAGCUCAACUCGGCCCAACCCCAACAAAAACUCUAUAUUCCCACAAACCCCGACUCGAUGACCCUCAUACCGACGUUCAAUCUUUUCCCCGUGAAGCGAUUUUACGCCAAGACUGGAAGUAACAUUGGAAACGGAGAAGGUGAUGGAUAUAUCCAGUUCCAAUUCAAAAACCUAUUUGGGGGAGCUGAAAAUGUGUCUUUUGAUGCUACCACUGGAACCCGGACUUCAUCCUCAUAUUUGCUCAACUACAAUAUGCCCAUCAACAACAAUACCAGUUAUGUAUGGGAGAACUUGUUCUACGUCAACUCCAGAUCAUUAGAGUGGAUUGGCUGCGAAACUAAGAACACAGGUAUCAACACCAAGAUCUCCACCAGGUACGACGGACCCAUUAACCACGAGAUUGGCCUCAGCAGUAUCUGGAGGAUUCUCGAUAACAAGAGUGCCAAAUCCCUCAGUAUCCUAAACCAGUGUGGUCAUAACUUCAAGAGUGCCCUCAGCUAUAACUUUAUCUAUGACACCAGGAAUAACAAGCAUCUCCCGAACACUGGCAAGUUGUUCCGGGCCGGAGUUGAGUUAGGGGGUCUCACGAAGCUCAGUUCGCAUGAGUUUAUCAAAACCAUAUGUGAAACCCAGUUCACUCUGAAGUUAGGUGUGCUGAGCCAUUUGAUUUUUACCAACAAGUUUGGAUUUCUCCACUCCGCCAAAGAAUCCUUCAUCCUUGACCGGUUCUUCAUGGGAGGUCCCAACGAUGUGAGGUCGUUUAGCCUCAACGGUCUCGGUCCCAAGUCGUACGGGAAAUCACUUGGAGGAGAUGCGUUUUUGAACGGUGGAGUUUCGUUGAUAUCAAGACUUCCAUACACAUCUCAUGACUCCAACUUCAAAUUGCAUAACUUCUUCAACUACGGGGCUCUCCAGCUCUAUAAUCACACGCAACUGCCUCAGCAGAACUUGAGGAAUUUAUUUGGGCUGUUUUCCACCAGUAUAGGACUUGGAGUAUUGUACAACCACCCAAUGGCCCGGUUUGAGUUGAAUUUUGUGUUGCCAUUGACUGCACACGAAAGAGACUUUAACAGAAAAGGUCUCCAGUAUGGGGUGGGCAUUUCUUUCUUGUAA